CCAUUUUGAUAAUUAGUUGCAACACAAUCUCACAGAGAAAAAAAAAGGGGGGAAAAGUCAAGUAUUUAGAAUGGUUGGAACAACAAAGAUGGGCAAUGUGAUGGGAAGAUUAGUGAAGAAAAAUUUAGGAGAGAUGGGGUUCAACAUGAGUGGUGGACCUGUCAAUUGGUUUCCUGGUCACAUGGCUUCUGCAACUCGCGCCAUUCGUGACCGGCUCAAACUUGCUGACCUUGUUAUUGAAGUUCGCGAUGCUCGUAUUCCGUUAUCAUCUGUGAAUGGAGAUCUUCAGGAUGUUCUAUCUAGCAAAAACCGAGUUAUUGCUCUCAACAAGAAGGAUUUGGCCAAUCCCAAUAUAAUGCAUCGAUGGACUGGAUAUUUUGCUUCACUUAAGCAAGAUUGCAUGACAAUAAAUGCACACAGCCAAAACUCCGUCAAGAAGCUUCUGGAAUUUGCAGAACUGAAGCUGAAGGAAAAGAUUUCUAAGGAACCCACACUUAUAAUUAUGGUGGUUGGUGUUCCUAAUGUUGGCAAGUCGUCGCUUAUUAACUGCAUCCACCAGAUCGCAUCUGCACGCUUUCCUGCACAGCAGAAGCUGAAACGGGCUUCAGUGGGACCUUUACCAGGCGUAACUCAAGAUAUUGCAGGAUUUAAGAUUGCACAUCACCCGAGCAUAUAUGUUCUUGAUACUCCAGGUAUACUUGUUCCAAGUAUCCCCGAUAUAGAGACAGGGCUAAAGCUUGCACUAACAGGAUCUGUUAAAGAUUCGGUGGUUGGUGAAGAACGUAUUGCGCAAUACCUACUGGCUAUUUUAAACAUUCGAAGCACACCCCUUCACUGGAAGAACUUGAACAACAGACGACUCGAAGCGUCUUUGUGUGGAGACAAUGGAAAGGACUAUAAACCGAAAAAAGGAAUACAGCAAAAUGCGGGUGAUGUCCAUUAUAUUGAGGAUGUUGUAUCAGAAGUCCAGUGUGCAUUGUACGUCACACUGUCAGAAUUCAAUGGUAAUUUGGAGGAUGAAAGUGAUUUAGAGUGUCUGAUAGAGAAGCAGUUUGCAGCUCUUCAAAAAGCAUUUAAAAUACCUGCUCAUAAGGCAUCAGAUGACGCUCGGAGGAUGGUAUCGAAGAAGUUCCUUGCUCUAUUUAGAAUGGGUAAACUUGGUCGAUUCACUCUCGACGAUGUACCCGGUGAUAUUAACCCGUCAUCUUCAUUAUCUAACACUGAAUCUUGAAUGUUUAUGCUCACGUGCUUACUCUUGCAUUCAUGUAAAAGAAACACACAAGUUUUUGCAAGAAAAACACAUGAAACUUUCAAUCACUGCCCCUGAAUUCGUUCUCGUUGCAAUGAGUUAUACCUGGUUAUCUGUACUACCAUAUAUUAUUUAUUAUACAUCAAUCAUAACCUGAUGAUUUUAGCUUA